CCUGUCUAAGACGCCUCCAUGUUUCCUUUGUCCGCUGCUAUAGGCAACCCCUCCGGUUACGAAACAAAGGCAACGUUGACCAAUGAAUUUUACCAGCCAGGGUAGGUUGGACGUGAAUAUUCGGAUCCUUCGUAGCCAGUCAAUGACCGUACCUGGUAAAACACGAAACAUAUGUCAGGCCUAGUCAUGUUUACCAGGCCACCGGCAUAUUGAAGCAGAUGCCGCCAUGACACGUUUUUUUCUUGCCCGCUCUUUGUUCCCCUUUCACUGUCUGGGUCAUAAGCGGCGAUUCCCCGCAUAUAAUGAGGACGUCCUUAUGGGGGUGGUACUGGACAUCCGGCCGUUUACUGACACUCUGUUUAUGCAUGGAGAAGCCAGUUCAUCAUCUGCCUUCUCACUGGCUGGCCAUGUCAACGUCUCUAUCACUCCCACUAGGUCCUUCUUCAAUAGAUCGAGACCAACAACUCGACUGCUGUUGCAGUCGUUGAUUAUUACUUUCGAGGGUCAAUCGGAAGUGAUCACGCCAGUGACCGGAUAUGCGCCUGUGCGACUAUGCUCCGUCUCACAAGACUUGGUCCACGGCGCUCCCAUCGAACUCUCCAACGAAGGACUGGAGUAUUCGGAUAUCCCUUGUUCUUGGAAUGUCGUUUUCGAUAUUCGAGUGCCAGGUUGGUUACCACUGACAUCCACCUAUGGAGAUGUCGACUUUGAAGAGGCCGGGACACGUUAUGCUCUCUACGCUACUGCUACAUAUGCCUAUUUAGAGGACGAUGCUUCUUCGUUUUCUUGGUUAAACUUUUGUGCCCCACUUUGUCCCCGAUUCAGAACAGUGGACGCCCCGAAGUGUCCUGUCACACUCCGACGUACCAUCGAACCUCCGGCUGGACCCUCUGGUUCAUUCCCAUUAGCGAUGUAUAUCGUUGAUACUCAGAAAGAGUUGAACGAUACACGGGAAGGGUCUCCUACUGCCUCUCUUGAUGUCCUGGGGAAGAUCGAAGUUGUUGCGUGCGUUCCUACCGCGGUUUCAGUGGAUGAAACCUCCCUCCCUUUUACUUUACGUCUGCGAGCCAAAGACUUGACUGAAUCCGAGCGCGAGCGCCUUAGGCUGACGGAGUUCUCUGUCGACAUAAAUCAGGUUGAAGUUUAUAGAAACACAGCAAAUGAGGAAUACGCCAACGGCUUCCCCAUACCCUCGCAAAGGCAUCAACCACCUAAUGAACCUUUGCGCAAUCACCACCCCGUCCAUACACUAUGCGCCGUAGACGCCUUUCAGACAUCUCAGCCUCCUGAGGUCGUCGAGAACAAUUCCGGUCGUUAUGUCAUCGGAGGGGAUGGACGUAUCUUCGCAAAUACCAGUGACCCUGUCACUUCGCUCGAAUGGUACAUCCUCGAUAUCGAUGUCCCUAUUGCCACAGAGCCUUCCGAAGUUGACUGGGCGGGACCUCGCAUGCGUCGAAUGACAGAGAGUAGUCCUCUUUUCAGUGUACGACACACCCUCAGCGUUUCAAUCCAAUGCGCAUACGAUCUCGCGGAACAAGCACCACUUCACCGACAGUUGCAUUUCUCUCUUCCCCUGCAGCAGGUCCAUCUGUCGGAACCACCGAGACCACCGUCAUCUACAGCGUGCCACGUUUCUGGUACAUCUUCAGGGGAAACCCGACUUGAGACCUCGUUUGGUCAAAGCUUACCUGCAUAUUCCCAACUCUUUCAUCCAAACGGCGAGCGCAAGAUUGAUUUCUCGACGCCGUUACCGCUUUACACACCACCUACAUCGCAAUCACCUGAUCCUUCCGCAGGUCCUCAGAAGGACGAGGGUUCAUAACACACAAGUCCAUUGACCAUGCUACCAACCAAUACUAUCAUUAUCAUUAUUGUGUGCCGCUUUUCGUUCAUCGCUGUUUGAACGUUCGCUUUUGCAUGUUGUGCGAUCCGCUGUCGCUAACUAGGUACAAAUUCUUCUUCGCACACCUUCGUCUUCGCUAAUUUCCAGCUUUGAGUACAUAAUGCUCGUAGUUUACAGCUCCAUUGAUAUGUCAGAUAACAAGCUGUAAAAUCUGCGACUAUCGUCAAUACAAAGAUAGG